AUGGCUGGCCCGGCGUUACAGAUGAACCCUCAGAUGGAGCAGAUCCAUGGCGAAAUUCGCGAUACAAUCCGUGCCCUUGCAAAUGGCUUUCAAAAGGUGGACAAAAUCAAAGACUCGAACAGACAAAGCAAACAGCUUGAGGAACUUACAGGGAAGAUGAGGGAGUGUAAAAGACUGAUUAAAGAAUUUGAUCUUGAAAUUAAAGAAGAGGAAAGUAGGAAUUCUCCUGGGGUGACCAAGCAGCUUAAUGAUGAGAAACAAUCCAUGAUAAAAGAGUUGAACUCGUAUGUAGCUUUGAGAAAGACGUACAUGAGCACUCUUGGGGGUAAGAGGGUCGAACUUUUUGACAUGGGAAAUGGUUAUGAACCACAAGCUGACGAGAAUGUUCGACUGGCAUCAGAAAUGUCGAACCAGGAGCUUGUUGAUGCUGGAAUGAAGACAAUGGACGAAACUGACCAAGCCAUUGAACGCUCCAAACAGGUUGUUCACCAAACUAUUGAAGUGGGAACACAAACUGCAGCUACUUUGAAAGGCCAAACUGAACAAAUGGCUCGCUUGGUAGAUGAGUUGGACAAGAUCCAGUUCUCUAUCAAAAGGGCAUCAAAACUCGUAAAGGAGAUUGGUAGACAGGUGGCCACAGACAAAUGCAUCAUGCUUUUACUCUUUUUGAUUGUGUGCGGAGUUAUUGCCAUAAUUAUCGUCAAGAUUGUGAAUCCCAACAAUCGAGACAUAAGGGAUAUUCCUGGACUAGCUCCACCUGCUCCAACUCGGAGGUUGUUGUUUGUAAAAGAAGCACCAUGGAACAAUAAUUUUUGA